CUCCUCUGGUCCCCCCUGCUGCUGAGAAAGAAAAUUACAUCGGGAUCCAUGCAGCCCGCAAUGAUGAUGUUUUCCAGUAAAUACUGGGCCAGGAGAGGCUUGUCCCUGGAUUCGGCAGUGCCCGAAGAGCACCAGCUUCUUGGCAGCUUAACACUAAGUAAAGCAAUCGCUAGCAAAGGCGAGGACAAGAAAAGCAGCAAAGAGAGCGGCAAAAGCGACGCUCUAGAGAGUGGCAAGACAGCCGUUGUGUUCUCCUUGAAGAACGAAGUUGGUGGGCUGGUGAAGGCCCUGAGACUCUUCCAGGAAAAACAUGUCAACAUGCUUCAUAUCGAGUCCAGGAGAUCCCGGCGAAGAAGUUCCGAAGUUGAAAUCUUUGUGGACUGCGAAUGUGGCAAAACAGAAUUCAACGAGCUUAUCCAGUUGCUGAAGUUUCAGACCACCAUUGUGACACUGAAUCCACCUGAGAACAUCUGGACAGAGGAAGAAGAACUCGAGGAUGUGCCAUGGUUCCCUCGGAAGAUCUCGGAGCUAGACAGAUGCUCUCACAGAGUUCUCAUGUAUGGUACCGAGCUUGACGCCGACCACCCAGGAUUUAAGGACAAUGUCUAUCGACAGAGGAGGAAGUAUUUUGUGGAUGUGGCCAUGGGUUAUAAAUAUGGCCAGCCCAUCCCCAGGGUGGAAUACACAGAAGAAGAAACUAAAACUUGGGGCGUUGUGUUCCGGGAGCUCUCCAAACUGUACCCCACUCAUGCCUGCCGGGAGUACCUGAAAAACUUCCCGCUGCUGACCAAGCACUGUGGCUACAGGGAAGACAAUGUGCCUCAGCUGGAGGAUGUGUCCAUGUUUCUGAAAGAGCGCUCUGGCUUCACAGUGAGACCAGUGGCUGGCUACCUGAGCCCAAGAGACUUCCUGGCUGGCCUGGCCUAUAGAGUAUUCCACUGUACCCAGUAUGUGCGGCACGGCUCUGACCCCCUCUACACCCCAGAACCAGAUACCUGCCAUGAACUCUUAGGACAUGUUCCUCUGCUUGCAGAUCCCAAGUUUGCUCAAUUUUCACAAGAAAUAGGCUUAGCGUCUCUGGGAGCCUCAGAUGAUGAUGUUCAGAAACUAGCCACGUGCUAUUUCUUCACAAUCGAGUUUGGCCUUUGCAAGCAAGAGGGUCAACUGCGGGCGUAUGGAGCGGGGCUGCUGUCCUCCAUCGGGGAAUUGAAGCAUGCUCUUUCUGACAAGGCAUGUGUAAAAGCCUUUGACCCAAAGACAACCUGCUUGCAGGAAUGCCUAAUCACCACCUUCCAGGAUGCUUACUUUGUCUCAGAAAGUUUUGAAGAAGCCAAGGAAAAGAUGAGGGACUUUGCUAAGUCGAUUACUCGACCCUUCUCAGUACACUUCAACCCCUACACACAGAGUAUUGAAAUUCUGAAAGAUACCAGAAGCAUUGAAAACGUAGUGCAGGACCUACGCAAUGAUUUGAACACGGUGUGCGAUGCCCUGAAUAAAAUGAACCAAUAUCUGGGGAUUUGAUGUCUAUAACCAGUGUUGUCAGCAUGAGCUUCUGGGGGGCUUAGCAACAAU